AUGCCCGAGUAUCUAUCGCAAGAGCAAAUAGACAAGGAAACUACAAGAUACCUAGUGAUCCCUAACUUUCUGGAUAAAGAAGAGGCGCAUACACUGUUGGCGCGGUCUAAACAACUGUUGGACGAGUUUGACAUCCACGAUCAUCCUCUGACGAAGUUUACGACUAGCGAUGACAAUCAUGUCGGCGACGAUUACUUCUUGAACUCUGGAGAUAAGAUUCGAUAUUUUUUGGAAGAAGAUGCUGUGGAUUCCAACGGGAAACUCACGAGGGAAAAGCAGAAGUCUGUGAACAAGAUAGGACACGCUCUGCACGAACUCGAUCCUGCAUUUCGAAAGGUCACUCUGGAGAAUGAGCGUCUCCGAAGUCUCGUUAGAGAUCUGAAGUUCCACAAGGAUCCGGUAGCCCUGCAGUCGAUGGUAAUAACCAAGCAAACACAUAUCGGUGGCGAAGUACCUGAACACAACGAUUCAACAUUCCUCUACACAGAUCCACCUUCCGCUCUUGGAUUCUGGAUUGCCCUCGAGCAGUGUACUGCCACUAACGGUGCACUGUCUUUCCUACCCGGCUCUCACAAGACCCAUCCUGUUACUAAGCGCUUUGUUCGACUUGGAGAAAGAAAGGGAACAGGAUUUGAGCCGCUUGUAUCAUCUGAGGAGGAACAGAGGCUGGCUGAAGCUGCUAAGGGAGGUUAUAUCCUUGAGACAUGCAAUCCAGGUUCGGUUCAGUUUUCUGCUCGGUCAAAUUCCUAUGUUAAUGCGCUUGCUCUGCUAGGUGACCUGGUUCUCAUCCACGGUACAGUGCUCCACAAAUCUGAGCGAAAUACGAGCCCGCACACUCGAUUCGCGUACACCUUCCACAUGAUCGAGUCACCGCCCCACGCUAAAUACGAUGAGAAGAACUGGCUUCAGCCCACGAAGGAGAUGCCGUUCUCUCGAAUUUUGCCCGCUGGAGAAGUUAACGCAUGA